AUGGCCAAGAAGUCCUUCUAUGACCAGGAGUAUAGGAAGCACUCAGGUGCGGUGAUGAUGCUCAUUGCUUCCUUCGUGGCGCUGGUGUUUUCGACCUGCGGCACCCCUCUCGGUAUGCUGAUGAUCCGCUCGUGGGAGGAGAAUUCUUCGGAUUCUGGUUCUGACUUGGUCAUCAAUCCCUGCUACACUCUAUGGGGUCUGCAGAACCGGUGUGGGAGGCCCUACUUUGCGCGGCGCAUCACGGACCCGCCCAUCAUCAACUGCUCUGAUAUCCAUACCCGCUUCGAGGCGGCUGAGGCGUUCAGUGUGUUGGCCAUCUUUUCCCUUUUCGGCGUCCUCGGCGGGUCUUGGUACAAGAUCUGCGGCUCCAACAUCAAGACGACGGUGAUGAUGCUCUCCGUUUUCACCAUCGCCUUCACGACUGUGCCGUGGGCGACCGUGACCGCGUUCUACUACACCCCGUUCUGCGGCCAAGAGUUUCUGACCAACAAGCAGACUCGCUUCGGCGCCGGCUACGCGCUGCUGGUCGCCUCCUUUGCAGUGCAGAUCGUCGGCCUCAUCCUGUUCGUGAUCUUUGAGCCGAACACCUUGAAGAUGAGGCUAGUGAACGACGAGAAAGACGCCGUGGGCGAACACUAA